AUGGGACUUUCCGUCCUCUUGCUUUUGCUCCUAUUAUUACCAAUUAUUGCGGUGGCAUGUAUUUACACAGCAGUUACUAGGACCACGAUUGUAACCAAUGUGUCGGUGGUCCUCUUGAAAGCAUUGUUACGACUUCAAAAUGUGACUGUGGACGGCGACGGCUGUGCUGUGGAGCAAUGCCCAGGAGGCAUCGUACUGAAGGACGUGGUGCUACCCCAGAAGCUGCUUGAGGUUGCAGCUGGCUCCGUGAUCUUUCAAUCUGCUUCCAUUAAGCGUCUGCAUUUGCUAUGGCCUACGUCGUCUUCACCCCUAACCCUGUGUGUUACGGGGAUAGCCAUCGUAGUCCUUCAACGCAGAACAGCACCCAAGGUGCAACCGUGCGCUUGUCCGCCACGGCGCCACGGCGCCAAAUUGAAUACGGUGGAGGUGCUGUUAUGGGGGGAACAACAGAACACAUUCGCGUCCGGCUGGCGAGGGCAGCAGCUGCGGUUAUUCCGCUUCAUGGUCGCGCUUGCGCUGCGAAAUGUUUUUGUCGUCAUUGCCGAUACGGAGCUCCAGUAUCAGCAGUCGGGCGAUCCGGGCCCCAGGCUCUUGCCAUCUGAGCUGUCAAUGUCACGAGCCGUUGACGUAGUUGCUGUGACCAUUCGCACCGUAGAGGUGUCCCCAAUGGCGAGCACGAAAGGCGAGGCACAGGCUGCAGCAGAGCCCUCUCAGCCGGAGGGCUCCGCCUGUAACGCGCCAUGCACGUCAGGGAGAGAGCGCUCGCGACGUUUACAUCUCUGGCGGGAUGUUUCAGACUUUUUUCCUAAGAUUCAGGCUUUGUAUAGCUGGUUCGACCGCCUUAUUAUGAAGUUUCAUCCUAUUGAAGACUGCAAUGCGGCCCGAGUAUCUGUGGCCGGUGUUAAUGUUCUCUUCAAGUCUAAAACUCCACGACCGGCUCGUGUGACCUCUGCGACACACCAGGAGGCUUCACUGCAGCAGCCUGGCUAUGCCCGCACAUGUGGGUCACCACGGCUGCGUGCCAGGUCAGGGGUUCCAGGCCGUGUGUCACCAAUACUAGCAAGGUCUCCGGCUGCCAUUGUUACAGGAAAGUCAGCAGCACCCGCAGCUGCGGCUCCUGAAUGGGACUAUGUCGCCACUGUGCUACGGCAAUGGAACAUGCGGGUGGAUGUUUCUGUGGGGUCGCAGCCAAUUAAGCGUAGUAGCGUAAGGCAUCCAGCAGCACGGGAUGCCGACACAACGCUGGCAAUUGGCUGCGGUGCUGGCUUCGCCAUUCAUGUGGAGGCCGUACUGAAAGCAUUCGUCCUAGAAUUAGCACCAGAGGGCGUAGCUCACUUGCUGCGCAUUGUGGAUCGGGCCGUGACGUACGAGAAGUACAGCGUGUACUGGAGUCAGCGUCCUACAGUCACUGUGGCCGAGUCACCAGCGGCCUGGUGGCAGCAUGCCGGUCGGGCCAUAAUUAACGACUGCAGGGAGCAUUUUCCAUUGCGGAAUGUCCGUGUCCUGCUGGCCCGCCGUGCGGAGUACCUCGGGGUGUACAAGGAGCUUCACAGCAUGCAGCGCGGCUUCCGCUUCGUGACCUACCUGCCUAAGUACGAACUAUCAGAUAAAUACAAGCAGGUCGUCACGAAGUUUCUGGUUGGAAGACAAGCAGCGAGCCCAGCAGGUAACGCAGAAAGUUUUACGGCAGGCGCCUCAGCUCCCAGCUCCCGCCCAUCGGCCGGCGGGUGUGGGCCGGGCAAUGAUCUGCGUUCGAGCGCGGUGCCUGGGCAACAGAAGCAGCCGUUUCCGUUGGAGAAAGUCCUAUACUAUACUGGCAAACACGAAGCCAGCAGGUCAGCGAACCUCUUAGACCGGCUUGCGCAACUUGAAUCACAGCUUCCUUUAGGUCAAACCAUAAUUAACCGCGCAUUUGUUGCGCUAUGGCACUCGGUGAGGUUGGCUCCUUCAUGUGACGCGAGAACUAGGUGGCUGGAUGCCAUGGAUGUCAUUGCCAAUUUCGUCGACGCCAUACCGACAAUGGACGAGAUAGGAGAGGGAUCGGACAGCAUGCCUACACCAGAGGUGGGCAAGGCGACUGCUGACCGUUCAAGCGCUACGGCCUCUGGCAGGGUCCAUCGUGCGCAGACAGCGGCGCAGAUCAGCUUAGGCGUGAGCUGUCCACGGCUGGGAUUAAAGCUUGUUAACAAGCAGUUGCUGCGUGCAAGCUCAUCGGCGACAACGGGACCUGCAGGUGCAAAUGUUGAAUCUGCAGCAACCUCCGAGAGCAUCAAGCAGCCAGCCGACGUGCUUGCAGUUAUGCUGGAAGGCAUUCACUUAUGUAUGCCCGACACUUACCGCAUCAACUUGCAGGCUGCGACCAUUCGAAUGUCGCUGUUGGGAGGCGUAACUGGCGGGCCCAAGCAUGUGCUCGUUGUACCCUCUUCGCGUGAAUGCGCUGAUGAAUAUGGUGUCAAGUUGGAUUUCUCUUCUGCCGGCCCGUUGCAUACCCAAGGCAGCACGCCUGCUAAGGAUUGGGCUUUGGAGGGCGCGAUCUACCCGGACGCCCCGAUUUCGCUGUACCUUUCACGGUACAAAGUAAACAUCGCCGCCGUGGAGAUGGCUUUCAACAGUCCUCCGUUUGUCAUUGCUUCCGCUAGGUUUAUAGACAGCAUGGUACAGUUGAAGGCAGCUAGGCGAAAGGCAGAAGCAGGCAUGUCCAUAGCGGUUGAAGAGUGGCCGUCCACCAACCUGCACUUAUUGGUUAUGGACAGCUAUACGCGUGAUUGCGUCCGAGUGCCAUCUUCCAUGGCGGCCUUCAUGCCGAAGCUGCAAUUUUAUUGCCCUAUGGUUAGUGUCAGGUGGAUGCUGGCGGCUACUUGUACACCUUCUAUUGGGGGUAUCUCGGGUCAACAUUCGGAAAUCCUGACAGUCGCAGUGCUAACACACCUGGGGCAAUUCGCCAAGAUGUGGUUGCAUCCAGACGACGUCGAGGUGGCCUUUCCGUAUCAGGCCCUUUCAGUACCUCACGUUGCCACGCAGUUGCAGGAGGCAUCCUUGAAACGCCCAAGCCGCGCAUAUAGCCGCGGAUUAAGUGGAUCCGUAACCGCUAACAGCAUGGCAAGCUUACUGCCUACACUUACCUUUACGAGUGAGGCCGCGAGGGGUGGACAGCAGCGUACGCACGACAGCUACCCUUUCCUUCCGGUACUGAAGGUUCGCAGCAUGUCUGCAAUGGCGUUAAACCAAGUACCAUAUGAACCAGCUGUGCCAGGAACCAUGACAACUCACCACACUGUGGGCGUGCACAGCGUCAUGGUAUGGUUCUCACCGUGGCACGCCACGGCAUUAAACGCGGUGAUAGACAGCCUGCUUACGCACCCGGUUCUUGUCAACGCCAGAAACCGGAAGCGACAGCAAUCCGAUAGUGACUCUGAAGCAGGCAGAGAGCCGAUUGCAGCACAAAGCGGUGCAGCUGAACCCGCUCAGGCCAGUGGGAAUGAAAUGCAAUCGGCAGGCCCCGCACCGAGGAACCAAAGAAAGGAGCCAGGUUCCCCUGCGGCCAGUGGAUCCAGCAUUUCGUUGCUGUUGGAUGUUCCCCUCUUGACCGUCAGCUGCUACGCGGAGAUGCCGGAGGCCUUUCAUUUCGAUGAGGUCGUUGAAUCGGAGAUACGUGCUAUGAGAGAAUCCGGGCGCGCACUGCAGCUACCGGCCUGGAUUACUAAGCAUUUGGUAUCCAAGGAGUUAGUGGGCAUAGAUCCAGUGCUCCGUUGGGGUCGCCGUUUGGCGCCGCUGUUUACAGCGAACAUGGCAAACAUCCGGUCUGGGCUGCGCCUCGCGAAAAGGAACUGCGUUAGGGCAACAGUACAGUCGACGGGAUUACAGAUUUCCGAUCACCAGGCGCGGCUCAAGCGUUCGCUGUAUGCCAAGGUGUGGCUUGCAAAUUCAGGUAAGGGUUCAGAUGGCCCUGGUAUUGCAAGUGUACAAGGACUGCUGCCCGAGGACAGCGCCUCCCAGCUCUUUGGACCAUUGCCUACGCGGGCAGCUGCAGUACGGGAUUUCGCACGCGACAGGCGCCGUGCGGCCCUUUGCCUUCCAUCAUCCCAGACGCCGAUCGGCGAGAAACGAGGCCAGAUCCGACAACAGUGGCGCCGCCUUCUAGAGGUCCAGCUGUUGCAUCGUGCAAGCGACUUCGCCAUGUUUUUGCUUUCUCCAACUCACCGAACUGUGGCGCGUUUGCAAUUGUCGUUGCCGGAGCCACUGGAAAGCUAUCGCAUCCUCUUCCAGGAACACAUGAAAGGAGCUACCCCAAAUGAUUUCUCGUAUGCUGUUGGCGCCACCGCCUCGGCAAAUCUUGCGGAGCCAACCCCCGCCAGUCCCUCCAGAAGCAGUGCUGUCGAUUGUAGUAAUCACCCCAGGAGCACGCCUACACCAGCUGUGCUACACAGCUCAGGGCGUCCCAGCAGCGUCAGCGCGCUUGGCAGCAUAGCAGCUCUCUUCGGUGCUAGUGUUGGCCGAGGUGGUGGCGGUUCGCAACCCAACCCCAAGUCAUCCCUGAUUCAAAUGCUGGAAGCUGUACGUUACCAAAGCACUAUACGCAUGGCGGCGCUCCGGCACAGCGCGAUCUUGCUAGCUGGACGUGGACCCGCAACGGGCAGCACUUCAUCAACGCCUGCUCAAGGUGGUUUUACCCGUCGCAGUAUGAGCCCCAUCCCGGAGGACGCUCGUCAGCCGCCGUCUAGUUUUAUACUUGUCAGGGACGACGGUCCUCUGCAGUCUGUACUGGGCCACGACGUGGAACCGUCAGGCGCAGAUCCCCUUUCAAGAGCGCUGCAGUUUCAUUUUAACGAAGCUGGGCGUUUUAGGCCAAGUGGAUCGGUUGAGUCGGCGGGUAUUUCUGUACCUACAGGUCUGGACUCCUCGACUUCUUUGCAGAGUGCAUUUGGUACGGCCAACGUGCAGAGCCAGCGAGCAGCAGCUCAGGACCGUCCUUAUUCAAGCCAGUCGUCCACAGGCAACCCAAGUGAAGCAGAAUUAAAGCUCAGUUUUGUACAGGCCUAUCGGCAUCUGGGCACUCAAUCUGUAUGGCAACGGCGGACAACCUAUGUACAUAACAUGCCCCUCGUUACCCCGGUCAUUGCUGUGGUAAUGGCUCAAGCAGCCGCAAGCCCGGAGGCCACGACCUUACAUGCAACGUGCCAACAUGUCAUAUCGUCCGUUGGUGUUCACUCGGUCUUGAUGGAGGAGCCACCGCGGCGUUUACCCUGUCCACCCACGCACGCGGCUGAGAAGCCGUGUCUUAUGAAGAGAAGGCCGGCCCCGGGCAACGAAAAUAGAAAGGAACCGGGCCUGACAGAGCUUACCUCACUUGAGCUUCGCCAUGUUAGCGUGAUAACGGAUACGGGGACAGAAGGCACAGCUGGCCUUGCCUUGAAGAUGGCGAUAAGCGACAUCAUUGUGCUGGACCUGCAGGGCUGCGUUGAGCACCGCAAUGUGCUUGUUGCAAAAGCCCAGCCGCCAUCCCCGGUCGACUCCCCGAGCACCUUUGCACAACCAGGAUUUUCGUUCAGGGCCGCCGUCGGUCAGGACACCGAUGAGUUCAUUGAUGGAACCACUUGCGCGAUGCAGCUUGAGUAUAGGGUUGUAUGUAACCCUGACGUACCCACGUCGCUAAAAGUCAGCGUGUUUAAUCCAUCCAUAACCUGGCUUCGGCGGUAUAGUAACAAUUUGCUUUAUGCAAUUGGUGUCCUGGGUGAUGUGUAUAAAUCUGCUGUACAACAAAGUAAUCCUGGAUAUCCGGGUGAGACUGCAGCCUCAGCACAGCACGAGUCGACACCGAGAGAAUCAACUCCAGGUAUUGCGAUGGUGUCUCCUCCACGGAAGCUGGCUCCCAGGACAAUCGUGGAGGCAUUCAACGUCAAGGUGUUACUCCCAGGAGGUGCAGCCGCCAGCCACGGUCCUAUCCGCCGCGCCGUUCACAACGAGGCAGUAUCGCUGGAAAUGCGAUCUAUAACGUUGUGCAUUCCUGGCGACCUGGCAAGUCUCCACGACAACAAAAUGGUCGACGAAGACGGACUGUGUGGCGGUGCUGCCUGGAUGGUUUUACCUGAGGAGGUUCAUGGGCUAAUCUCUUCAAGCCUGCGGUUGGGUGACAAACACUUCCCGCAGAUUAACAAGCAAGCUCAUCUGGAUGAACAUCUGAAUGCCCACAGGUGCCCUGACCAAGGUCCAGGUACUAAUGCCGCAAGGCGACAACGGCAAGUUCCGGCAGAAAGAAGAGCUUCCAGUCCAAGUACUCGAUUGCAUCGGCGUUUGCAAGCGGCUAAAGCAUCAUUUAUUGAUCCAUUGAAAGAGAUUUUACAGGAUGCGGGUCACAAGCGUACGAAGCAACGAGGCGAACUGGGUAUCUUUCUGAUCGAUGAGCAUCCUGGCCGCGGCCCGACGGGUGAGCUCAACCCCGGCUACCUGAGCAUCGACGAUGACGAGAAUCCUCUCAUAGCUGGAGGCACUGGCACAUUCACUCAGCAUACAACAACGACGGUUCAUGCAGCAAAUACACAAGGUCCUGUCGCGCAUGAGGCGGCAGCAGGUUCCAAACGGUCGCUACGUAGGAGCAGUGACCUUCCGUCAUCACAAGCGACAAGCCAACCGAUAAGCGACUCGAGCUUCCGUGCCGUUGAUGAAGCCCAGGCGCUCCCAAAUGUGGAUACGUCUGAUGUCAGCCGGGAGUAUUCGCCCAUGGUCCUAAUUUCCGUCAGUGGGUUUGCUGCGUCUAGUGGCAGGCUAGUUCCCUGUGAUAGCAGUGUCUACCACGAGCGCUCGGGGCCUAAAUCUCAGUUCUCACAGCAUGCCCCAGGCUCAGCCUCACAGCGUCAGCAGCCGGAGGAUGCCUCCGUUACAUCUUUUGUGUCAGCAGUUGGAAAUGCUGACAAGGAGCGGAUUCUGCCUGCCGAUCUGCAGUUCAGUGCAUAUGACGGCAGGCCCUGGCCAAAGCGGAAGCUUGUUGAGUACGACCCCGAAGUCGAGUCGGCAUUAUAUCUCAUGGCCGAUACGGAACUUCAGUCGGUGCAUCAGAUGAUCGAGCCUGUGGAUCUGAAAGGUGCUGUUUUCCAGCAUAAGCAGCAUGGGGCAGUUCAGGUGCAUAUCAGUGCGCUGGGUGCAAUGGUAGCAACGCUUGGACCCCAGCGCUACGAAUGCCUGAUGAAGGUCCUUACAGACAAUGUUACCGAAGCGUACAGCUGCUUCAAUGUUGGGGAGACGCUUACUGCCAGUACAGGGCAGCUGCGGACCACAUUCACCCCGAACAGAGCUUUUACGCCACAGCCAGGCCAGUUGCCGUAUUUCCACCUUACUGUUGAAUGGUCGGAACAACUUCGGGCUGUGCUGGAGAGCGAUCCCGCGUGGUGGAAGCACGGAGAAGCAACUGCAUCGGAUGUGGAGCCCUGCUUGGAGGCCUGCUUCACCCAGUCCAGUCUUGGUCUUAUGAUGGCGCAUAAGACUAACGACAUGUUCCUUGCUUUCUAUAGCCAGCAACUCCAUUCCGGCAUUCUCGCCAGUGGUCGACUCAUACCCGGGCUUUCAAGCCUUACUGCAAAGGCUACCCUGGUGCUAUGUUAG